AUGGCGCAGGAGUAUAGCGAGUAUCUCGCCGCGAGCGUGCUGAACGAGCAGCAGCUGGUCAGCUACCGCAGCCUGAGCCGGGCGUUGAAGGUGCACAGCAAUCUGGCCAAACAGAUGCUGUAUGAGUUCCAUCACAAACAGAACAGCAAGAAGCCCGACAGCGUGCACGCAACAUACCUCCUCGCCGGCACGAAACUCGAGGCCACGGCCAAUGGCGCAACCGGGACGACCAGCCACGAAGAUGGCGAGGACACCAAGAUGCGAAGCAGUCCGCCGCUGCCGAGUAGUUCUUUUCAACGUCCUAAAGAGGAUGAACGCGAAGCAGUGGCCACUAGGACAGUCAUGAUCGUCAAAGAGGAGAACUUGAUGCAGGCCAAAGCAUCGUUCGACACCAUCACCGGCAUUCACAUCUACAGCGUACAAGCCAAAGGCCUUGGCGAUAUACAUACACUGGCCGAGCGCAAACGCGAAUUUGCGGCAGACCAUGCAUUGGAGGACCCAUUGAAAGAGUGGAAACAGUAUGGCGUGAUACAGAACCCGAAUGUGAAGAGGAGAGAGAGGCGGAAUGGAGCACCUCCUGCCAUGCCUGCGAAGACAAGAGACACUGCGCCAGCGAAGAAGAAGGAGACUGUGCCUGAAAUUAAGGAUGAACCGGCGAAGGAUAAAGGUGUUCCCACGCUCACCAAGCAGGCUUCUACCAUUUCCAACACCUCUGCCAAGACCGAAACUGAGCCCACAAGAGCUACGACGGGUAAGCCCACGGCCAGUCAGAAAGACUCAUCGAGCAUCUUCAAAUCUUUUGCAAAAGGCGCUGCUGCUGCUGUCAAGUCGAAGAAGACAGAAUCUCAGCAGAGCUCAAAAGCGCCUUCGCCUGAUCCCGCCGAGGAUGUCCCAAUGACUGGCUUUUCCGACGAUGACGACGAUGACGAUGAUGGCAGCGCUGGCCUCCCAGACACGCCCGCAACAACUGAACCAAGCGGGCCAUCCAAGAAGGAACGAAAAGCGAAUCUGGAAGCGAUGAUGGACAUGGAGGAUGAACCUAUGGAGGAUGCCGUUGCAACACCUGAGGCUGGCAGAGAUGAGGACGAGGAGCAGCACGAUGAAGGAGCUAUCGACAUUCCUGCUGCUAACGAAGAGCCGAAAGAGUCAGUGAUUGUGGAGAAUGGUAGGCGACGUGGGCGCCGGAGGGUGAUGAAGAAGAAGACAGUCAGGGACGAGGAGGGAUAUCUCGUUACGCGAGAAGAAGCUGCAUGGGAGUCCUUCUCGGAAGACGAGCCCGCGCCCAAGAAGGCCAAAGUAUCUGCCCCUAUGGCUUCGACAAACAAGACUACCGCAAAGAAAGGUGCAAAGCCAGGGCAGGGGAACAUCAUGUCUUUCUUUGGGAAGAAAUAAGCGUUAUAUCUCCGAACAACUCUCAUCCCUACGACACAUCCUGUCUCAAAAGCCUUGCCGAUGUUCCCUGAUCAACGACAAUCUUUCUCUGUGUCCUGGCAUGGCUCAGAGCAUUAAUCUCCUCGAGAGACUCGUCAACUCCAGUCGACCUUUUCUGCUGGACUUGAGCAAAGCGUGGUCCGCAAACAGAAUUCCUCCUAUCCUGUUUAUCUCUCACCAGCCACUUCCAGAUCUCCCGCUCAGCACACGUCGCUACCCCAUCCAAUGUCCUCGCCUGUCCAAUAUUUCCAUCACAAUCCGGCAUGUGUUGCAACGCAUCAUCAAACACCACGAACCUCGCAUCCUCGAUGACUUGUCCCGCAUCCCAAGCCUCUUCAUACGAACCCAGAUACCCCAUAUGCUCACCUUCCCUUUUGCUAAAUUCCGAAGCUCGGAGCAGAUAAUUACGGUGCGGCAAAAACGUCGCUUCGUCGAACAAUAUGUUCAACGUCGCCAAGAAGCUCAAUUUUACCUCUUGCUGCACAUCACUCUGAUCACCGAAGAACCUCACGACAAGCCUUUCGAACGUCAACGUGUCCGGGUUCGCGAGAAUCAUCAGAUCUGAAAGUGAAUUAUCAUCCUUCCAAUAUGCCCUCGGCAUUGCCACUGCAGCAUCAGAAAAGUGAAACAUCUCAUCCAUCGGCCGGAGGAUCGUUGAAGCUGUGGUAUCCACAUACACAAUUCGUGUGUACUGCGUCUGAUUGAACAUCAAGACUUUGCCGUACUCAGCACUCAAAGCUUCCAACCCAAAUAACGACGAUGUCGGCACCGGUUGUAAAGUUGCCCGAUAUUCUCUCUCGGCUCGUCUGAGAAGUCUGGCAAUGUCAUCUUGGAGCGGCGCUGUACUGGAACCCCUUGCUGCUGCUAUCCAUUCCUGCGGAUAGGCGAGAAGCCGAGUGGCGUUGGCGUGCAAGCGAUGCAACGACUGAAUAUGUGUGAGAGCCGCGCAGAGAGAUUCUGCAUCGUACGCGUAAAAGCUAUACGCGUACUGCGACCAUGCGGGAUCAUCCACCGCAGCAAUGGUGGACCCUGAGACUGGGUAAUCGUCGUCGGAGAAGGAGGAGUCCUGCAGGAAGGCAUGGAGGUUAUAUCGAAAAUUCUCGAUGCGCUGUUGGAGGUGUCCGUGGACACUCCAGAAUAGCAAGAUCAUGGCGAUGGAUAGGACGAUGCGUUCGUGGAAUCUACUCCAUUUUCUCCAGAAAGCUGUGCCACUGCUGCUGCUACCACUCCACGUCCGUGGCUGCUUCGACUCCUCGCAUGGAGUAGAGGAGGAGGAAAAGGAGGGUAAUCGAAAUUUGGGACUAUCGAGGGUUGGCCAUGUGCCAUAUCGGCCUCCGCUUUCGCUGCUGGCGACACGAGUCCCGCGAAUGGGAGAGGGGAACCAUUCUUUGCCGAGAGAUUUUGUCGUGUAGAAGGAGGACAUUGUUGACGGAGUUGUUGUCGUUGUUGUUGGAAAACGAAUGUUGCGGGCGAAAGAGAUGUGCGAGUGGAAGGAUUGAGGUGGGGGAAAAAAUAUGCAAUGCCUCUCUCUUCGUUAUCGCGCAAGGGGUUUGAUGGGUUGGUAUGUGGAAUGCUACGCUCUUACGACGUGUACUCCCUUCCCCCAAGGACAGCACACCUCAUCCUUUCGAGACCGCGCGAGACAGCAAUCGCGAAAUCUGGACUAGGCCCCUUCCUUUGAGGCCCACACAGCAGCAAACACGAGUCAACCGCAUAUAUCAGCC